AGGAGAGAAAGGUAGAGAUACAUUAUCAUAAACUCUGCUGCAGCCAUCACCACUCACCACCACCACUCACCACCCUUUCAGUCUCCACCCGGACACUCCCCUGCCUCCAGACAGUUUGUGGAAGCGGUGUUCAUCUCAGACUUACAGACUAGAGACAAGAGAGAGCAAUGCCACGCCGCCUGAGUCCCUCCAAGCUGGCCGAGGCAAGGGAGUGCUACGCCAUCUACGGGAACAGAGGCGGCAUCCCCACGUCAGAGCUAGGCAACGCUCUCCGCGCCCUCGGGAUCAACACCACCAGGGCUGAGAUGAGGGCCAUUGUGGAAAGCAUUGGCUCUCCCUCCUCCGUUAACUUUGAUUUGUUCCAGACCGUGUUAUGUAAAGACUCUCUGCCGCCGAAGGAGACGCCGGAGGAAGUGAAGGAGGCGCUCAGCAUAUUUGACAACACCGGUGACGGACGCAUCUCCACGGUUGAACUGAAGCAUAUGAUGAUGACGAUGGGGGAGAAACUGUCCAAGGAGGAGGUGGAUAUGUUGAUCAGAGAGGCAAACAUAGAUCAAGAUGGACUAAUUUCUUGCGAGCAGUUUGUCCAGCUCAUGUGUCAGAAAUAGAGGCAGAUGGAUAGCAGUGAGUUUGUUAGUCUUCUUGUUCUUACGGUGUGUAGCGUUCCCUGUGGCUAUGCUGUGUGUCUCGCAGCGAUGACUGGUGACUGACGGUGUGUGGCUAACUGUUCAGUGUUCAGUGCUCAGUGUGUUUUCUCUCCUCUCGUGUCUUUUAUCACAACACUAAACCUCUUCAGUAGCAA